CGUAAAUCUGUUUCUUCCACAAUACCUAAUAUAUUACUACGUUGCUUCAAAAGUAAUCAUGAAAUAGCUUAACACACAUUUCUCAAACGCGAAUCUUUUGAUGAAAUAUAUUCAUCAAGGUGUAUUAUUGCUAUUAAGAAUCUACUACACAGACUAUAUUAGAAGAAAGACUGGACUCUAUCAUCCCGAUAGACUAUCUCAACAAGCUAUAAUGACUUAUCUUGACAGCAGAAUUAUAUCGACUCGUUCAGGUGAUCUCGAAAAACUUGUUGCUUCGAUACUGAAGCCUGAAGAUCACAAUAUCGAAGAAGAGACCCUCGCCCUCCAGGCAAAGAGAUAUCGCUCAGUUUACUUCCACAAGAAGCUCUUGAAGGUUUACCAUAAGGAGAUGGGGAACGCUGCCGCUACGCCACUUCCAGAUGUGAAUGACAAGAACUGCACGACGGAGCAGCACUAA